GCACAACCCUGACUCGAGCCAGCAGGCGGGUAGCGCGGAGAGCAGUCCCCAGACGAGCGAGUCGUACUUCACAUCUCUGACACACCCCAUCACCUCCCCGUCGUCUCGCCGUCGCGGCGACCACCCCUACAAAUACGCCCGCCACCUCGGCCGCGUCAGCCGCCGCCACUUCCCGGAUCCCGAUGCGCCGUACCCAGAUUCCAUCUUCUUGUCGCCUCGCUUCCCCGUUCCUAGCUCGAGGCCUCUGACCGGGGCCGAGGCGCCAAGCCCCGCCCUAGGGUUUGGACCGGAUUGAUCCGGCUAGGGUUCGGCGCGAGCUGCUCCAAUGGCGGAUCGGGAGGAGGACGAGGAGCUCCAGAUGGCGCUCCGCAUGAGCCUCCAGGGCUCGCCGCCGGCGCAGCCCGAGCCCGAGCCCAAGCGCAGUAAGCCGCCCCAGCCGCCGGCCGUGGAGUCGCCGGAGGCGGAGGCGCGCCGGAAGCAGCGCGAGCUCAGGGCGGCUGCCGCCGAGAAGCGCCUCCGCGCGGUCUCCUCACCCGCCGCCGUCGCGGUGGCGCGGUCUUCUCCGCAGCCGGAGCCGCCGGCAGUGGCGGAGCCAGCCCCCGCCCCUGUGGUCACCAAGGAGGAGGAGAAGGCGGAGCUCGAACCAACCGGGGUAUCUAUGGAGGAAGCGAAGGGGGACGUGAAUAAGGUGGAGGUGGAGGAGGGGGGAGAGGAAGGGGAGGAGUUGCCUCCGGAAGUCGCAGAGAGGCUGUGGGCAAUGGUGUUUGGGGGAGGGGUUUCAAAGCCGGUCUUGGCACAAUGGAGCAAUCAGGGCAUCAGGUUUAGCUCUGACCCAGAAACAACUAUGGGACUGGUACAACAUGAAGGAGGCCCUUGCGGUGUCUUAGCUACCGUGCAGGCUUAUGUCCUUAAAUAUCUUUUGUUUUUCUCUGAUGAGUUGGGUAAUCCAGAGGCCAGUGACCCAUUGUAUACUCUGGGGCAAAGGUGCUUUUAUCAGAGUUCUUUUGUUGCCGGGGAUGAUUUUUCGUCUCUAACUGAUGAUAGAAAGACGAGAGCAUUGGUUCAUGCUAUGGUGGAGAUUCUAUUUUUGUGCGGAACUGGGAAAACAGCUGUUGUAGCAUCCAUCGCAUGUGUCAAUCAUGGAAAAAUAAAUGCAUUUUUGGAAGGUCUUUCUGUUGAAUCAGCAACGGAUCUGCAGAAAAUUCUUAGAACAAGUACAUUUACAUCAAGGAAGGAUGCAUUCAACAUCCUUUUGGCAAACAUUCCUCUCUUUGAAAGUCGGUUGGGAGCCAUGCUAUUUCUCAUCUCUGCUCUACUCUCACGAGGAUUGGAAUAUAUCCAAGCAGAUAGGGAUGAUCCAAGCCAGCCAUUGGUCACUGCUCCAUUUGGGCAUGCUUCACAGGAAAUUGUGAAUUUAUUACUCUGUGGCGAGGCUGUCCCAAAUGUAUUUGAUGGCAAGAUGGACCUUGGUGGCGCCAUGUCCCUGAAGGGCAUACCAGACAAUGUUGAAGUUGGCUUUCUUACCCUGUUGGAAUCACUAAAUUUGUGCAAGGUUGGUCAGUACCUAAAGUGCCCGAAAUGGCCAAUAUGGGUAGUGGGAAGUGAAAGUCACUACACUGUCCUUUUUGCCCUAAACCCCAACGUUCAAGAGGAGAAUGAGCUGGAAGAGCGUGAAUCCAAAAUAAGGAGGGCAUUUGAUGCACAAGAUCAAAGUGGAGGUGGAGGCUUUAUCAGCGUUGAGGGCUUCCAACAAGUUCUCAGGGAUACCAACAUAAAUUUUCCUUCGGAUAAGCUCGAGGACCUAUGUAAUGCUGGCAUCAUAGUAUGGAGUGAAUUCUGGCAAGCACUGCUACAGUUGGAUAAAAGUUCCGGAGGCAUGAAGGAUCCAACUGGCCUUAUGGGCAAGAAGCAAUUCAAUAUCUAUCACUUCAAUGGAAUUGCCAAGUCUGUGCUGAAUGGGAAUGCAUAUACAGGUGGCUCAAGUCCUAUACAGAGACCCAGGUUAUGCAAGUUAAAUGUCACUGUCCCUCCAAGGUGGACUCAGGAUGAGUAUCUAGCUGAUGUUGUAAGUGCGUCAACCAGCGGCAGGAAGGAUGACAGUGUUCUUUCUCUAGCCCCACCAAUUCAGACUUCUCAGCAUGCACCAUUAGUGGACUGCAUUAGGACACGGUGGGCACGAGCAGUUUGUAGCUGGGCUGGAGAUGUGCCGAGUAUUGUCUGACGCAAUGAAUUUUGUGCUAGUCAUUCUAGCUAUGUUGCUCUUUAAUCCGAUCCCGAAGAGUCUACUCUGAGCAGGCCACUCGAGCUUCCAGACUGUUAAGAUCGUGCUAUGUGAAAAGGCGGAAGAUGCUGCUGGUGUUGUAAUUGCUCUAGCUGAUGAAUAUAUGAUAUUUUUUUCUUCGGCAUGAGUGGUGCUUUAAUGUGUAAUUUUUAUCAGGGGCAUGAAUAUUCUUUUUACCUUCAUUGGCAUUAGAUGUUUACUCGAUUUAUGAAUAUGUUUCGGUCUUUGGCCACAUUCUUUUCUGUACACAGAUAGUUUUGCUGUGUGUUCCAUCUCAUGACACAGUGAGUUGUCUAGCCAGAAGUCAACUGAGUAAACGAGGAUCAACUAUGAAUCAUCUUAUCGGGGCGUUACACCCCUUGAUUUU